AAGGAGCUGAGAGACUCGGGGUCAGUGUCUGGAGUGACGGGCUGACCGACAGACACAAGAGUUUCGUGAGCUGACGGUUCCAGCUAACACCGCCUCUGCAGCUGACAGUCAGAUCCACACAUCUGGCAUGACGAUGUUUAUGGUUGUGACGGUGGCAUGGUUGGUGGUGGUGCAGUCGGCCCCAACUGGCCCCAUUAACUGGCCCCACAACUCACAUAUCCGUCUGCCCAAAGAUCAAGGUGUAUGUGGCCGUGGGGUAACUGUGGCUUCAAGAACUGCUGCCUCUACUACCCUUCACCAACAUAUCCACCUACAUUGCCUCCAACAUACCCACCUACAUGGCCACCAACAUAUCCACCUACGAGGCCACCAACAUACCCACCUACAUUGCUGCCAACAUACCCACCAACAUGGCCACCAACAUUGCCUCCAACAUACCCACCUACAUGGCCACCCAACAUAUCCACCUCCAUUGCUCAACAUACCCACCUACAUGGCCACCAACAUACCCACCCACAAUGCCACCAACUUAUCCACCUACGAGGCCACCAACAUAUCAACCAACAUAUCCACCUACAUUGCUGCUAACAUACCCACCAACAUACCCACUACAUAUCCACCAACAUACCCACUCUACGAAGUCACCAACAUUCCCACCUACGUGGCCACUACAUAUCCACCCACAUUGCCGCCAACACACCCACCAACAUACCCACUUACAUACCCACCAACAUACCCACCAACAUACCCACCUACAUACCCACUUACGAGGUCACCAACAUUCCCAACUUCCGUGCCACUAACAUACCCACCUACAUACCCACCCAACCCGUGUCCAGUCAUGCCUCAGCCAGUUUGCCCGUAUUACAAUGGAGGGAUCCACUUUAGACAACAGCCCACACAGCGAAGGUGCUUAUUGAACAACCAUUGUUCGUCAGACUACUCCUGCUGUCCCAUGUCGUGUGGGAGUCUCAGAGUGUGCAAGAGAAGCAUCCUCACCGACCUGCCCCCUACCACCCCGGCCCCCAACCUCACCCCCCCUCCUUCAACACAUCCUAAGUUCCUGAAUUCCUCCUCAUCCUCCUCGAAUGGUCUUAAGGAUAAACCAUCGAUCGUAAGGAACCCCAAGGAUGAAUAUGAAGACUUGAAUUUGCAGGACUCCAUGUUGGAUUCCCACAAGUUAGAGCUGAAGUCAAAGUUUGUUAACAUUGGACCAGCAACGCCAGAAGCCUCGUCCCCACAGUACCAUCCUAAAGUGAACGUGAGUGUCGUCUUCACCUCAGCAUGCAGUUACUCCAAAUGGUUCAUCAACUACCAGGUCCAUCCCACUAUGGUGAUCCUCAGGGACUACAUCAACCUAGAGCUCCUGCCCUACGGCCUCGUACACCAGAACGGGAGAUGCCAGUUUGGUUACGGCGACUGUCUGGGUAACUGGCUUAUAUCCUGCGCUGGCCACCACCUGGGAGAGAACCAACUGGACAACUACAACCAGCUGAACUUCACCACCUGCCUCACCCAACACACACAACAACUACUAAAAGAUGACUUGGCCAGCAUCCGCCGCUAAGAAGUGUCUGAGGGAGCAGCAGGAGGCGUGGCGUCGUGUGUCAGAGUGUGGUCGUUCAGGUGAGGGCAUCCAGCUGUUCCAGGAGGCUGGCAGGAGGCAGCACCACUUAGUACCUACACUGAGGAACGUCCCCACCGUAGCCAUUAACCAGGUCGUGGUACUGGAGAAUAAAGAUGACCUGAGCCAGUUUUCCUUACUGUGCCAACACCUGGACGACCUGCACCACGCCACCCAAGCCUACACCUUCUGUCAGCAGGUCAUCUCUCUGUGAGGCGGACCACACCCUUUGACCCACUGCCUCUAACUCGAUGAGGUUCUCCUAGUAUCAACAAUUACUACCACUGACAUUUUACUCAUGUGCAUAUUAUUAAGGUUCUCAAUUAAUAAAUGACUUACAGCAGCA